GGCGCGGAUGGCGGAGGCCGGCCUUGGUGCGAGAGAGCGGCGCUCGGCGUAGGGCGGCUCCGGGGGAGAGCCAUGGAGCACAUCACGACGCCCAAGGUGGAAAAUGUCAAGUUACUAGAUCGUUAUACACACAGGAAGCCAGCAAAUGGGACGCUGUACCUGACUGCAACACAUCUGAUAUAUGUGGAUGCUUCGGCUGAAGUUCGAAAGGAGACAUGGAUUCUUCAUCACCAUAUUGCAGCUGUGGAGAAACUGCCUCUGACUCCGUCUGGAUGUCCCCUGCUAAUUCGCUGCAAGAACUUCCGUGUGGCGCACUUUGUUAUUGGGCGCGAGCGGGAUUGUCACGAAGUCUACACCUCCUUGCUAAAACUUUCGCAACCAGUGAAACCAGAAGAACUUUAUGCAUUCUCUUACAAUCCUAAAAUGCCCAAAGAUAACCGGGAAGUGGGCUGGAAGCUGAUAGAUGUCACCGUGGACUACCAGCGAAUGGGGAUUCCCAAUGACUUCUGGGAAAUAACUGAUGCUAACAAAGACUAUGAGAUCUGCAGCACAUACCCUCGGGAAUUGGUGGUGCCUAAAGCAGCUACAAGGACAAUGGUGCUGAGCAGCUCAAAGUUCAGAAGCCGAGGUCGGAUACCAGUGCUUUCCUACUUCUACAAAGAGAAUAAUGCUGCCAUAUGCCGGUGCAGCCAGCCCUUGUCUGGGUUUAGUGCUCGUUGCCUAGAGGAUGAACAGCUGUUGCAAGCCAUUCGGGAAGCCAACCCAGGGAGUCCAUUCAUGUAUGUUGUAGACACAAGGCCAAAGUUGAAUGCCAUGGCCAAUCGAGCAGCCGGGAAAGGUUAUGAGAAUGUUGAUCAUUAUGACAACAUCCGGUUUAAAUUCAUUGGCAUUGAAAACAUCCAUGUGAUGAGGAGUAGUCUGCAGAAACUCUUGGAAGUAUGUGAAACAAAAUCUCCUUCCAUGAGUGACUUCCUUACUGGCCUGGAGAACUCUGGCUGGUUGCGACACAUUAAAGCGAUAAUGGAUGCUGGCGUCUUCCUUGCCAAGGCUGUGAAAGAUGAGCGUGCCAGUGUCUUGGUCCACUGCUCAGAUGGCUGGGAUCGUACUGCGCAGGUCUGCUCACUGGCUAGUCUAAUCCUAGAUCCAUUUUAUCGGACAUUAAAAGGAUUCAUGGUCUUAGUAGAAAAGGAAUGGAUUGCCAUGGGUUACAAAUUCUCACACAGGUGUGGCUAUCUGGAAGGUGACCUGAGGGAGGUGUCCCCCGUCUUCACCCAGUUUAUUGACUGCACCUGGCAGCUCAUGCAGCAGUUCCCCUGCGCGUUUGAGUUUAAUGAGCGCCUUCUCCUGGAGGUCCAUGAUCACAUUUAUUCCUGCCAGUUUGGUAAUUUUCUGGGGACCUGUCAAAAGGACCGGGAAGAUCUGAGAAUCUUCGAGAAGACCCAUUCCCUGUGGCCUUUCCUACAGCACAAGAAGCAAGAGUUCAGAAAUCCAUUGUAUAAGGGAUUCUCAGUUCACGGGGAACUCCGACCCAGCACUCUGCCUUUCAGUUUCCAGUUCUGGUGUGGCAUGUAUAACCGGUUCGAUAAAGGAAUGCACCCAAAGCAGUGUGUGUUGGAUCAUCUUCUUGGUUGCAUCAGCCAGAAAUUGGAGUUGGAAGACAUUGCAGAUGAGCUAGAAAAUAAACUGCCCCCCUUAGAUGGACCCCUGCCAGAUGAGCUUUCAAUCUUAGCCAAAACGGUAACUGUUUCAACUGGCUGUUUGAAAUCACCAAUGCUCAAUACUCCCCAGGACUAUGAAAAUGAGCCUUCAGUCCUGUUGGCCAAUGGCACCAUAGCUGUGGAAGGCAACAAACCCAACCAGCUAAACAGUAAAGAGGGUCUUCUUAAUCCUCUUGACAUUCCUGAUGGAAAUAGCAGCAGCACCAACGGAAGUGUCUAGUCUGAUGGCGAUGCAGGAGAUCUCCAAUCCUGUUGAACUGACCUGCACAUAUGGAGAGUGGCAGUAAAGCAGGUGGGACCUAUGGCCCAGUGCUGGGGUAGCCGCCUCACCCACAUGGCAAAGUGUUAUGUUUUUCUGUAUUUUGAAGGUGUGGGAAAGGGGGCUGCUGUUUGGGGGCUUGCAGGAACAGCCAAGAGGUAGCACUUGGAGCUGGAUUUUUGCUGCCCCAAAUCUGACACUGGAUGUGCCUGCUGAAAGUGCAUCAGGGGCUCUCCUUCGUCGUGUCUGACCUUUUUCCAGCAAAAGUGCAGGUGCCCCUGCUGUGACCAAUGAAAUUGCUUCCAUUACUGGUUUCUAAGGAAGGCUGCUCUUUGAAUCCAGGGAGAGUUAAAAAGCCACACAGUAUUUAAUAUGUGGAAUUAAAAGCAAUGUGAACUGGUAGUGAAGGGCUGGAAAUGUCAGUUCGCUUCAGAAGCUUUUGUUGGCUGGCUUUUAACACCCUGCAUAGGAAUUCCACUGGUGUAUUUUUGUUGUUCCUGUUCCUGUUUUGUAAGAAGGUAUGACUUUUUUAUUUCUUUUUGUAAAGCAGAGAUUGUCAUGCUCAACCAUUAGAAAUGUGAUUAUAUUUUUAUCAUUGUGAUAUGUACUUGGCUGUAACGUAUGAACACGUUGUCUUUUGUGAUAUAUACAUAUAUAUUUAAAACCUGUGUUUUGAACCUUGUAACUUGCUGUUUCACUUUCUCUAUCAUAAUGUUAAUAGUCUUGAAUGGUCUCCUGGCGUGUAAAUGAAAUGGUAGUGAAGUCUGUGCACCUGGGUCUGAGCUUGUCAGUAGCCCUCCUGUCAUUAAGCUUUCCAUUGGUUGAUGUCCAGUUCAGAAAUUUACUGGGUUGCCAAGCAUCUUCACUUAGUUGAAGAACUCUUGUACAUCAUGCUGAAACUCAGGUGUCACAAUUUUCCCACCACCCCCUCUUUUGAGGGGGAAGAAUCUCAAGUGUCAGGUAUCUUUAUCGUAUCUUUGUAUGUUUGUGUGCAGGUGGGAAUGGUGGCCACCCACCCAAUUCUCCACUGCUAGAAAAUGUGUGCUGGCUUAGUAACCAGCACUUCGACACUUCUUGAAACAAAAGGAGCUCAACUUUCCCGUUGUACAUUCCAUCCUGAAAAGUGCUUAGUGCUUGCCACAAGCACCGUACUACCCAGCUGUGAAGCAUCUCCCUACCCCACCCCCUGGCAAGGUCUUCAUGGAGUUUGCCAUUGACUCUUUCUGUUCUUCCCAGGAGAAAUGAGAUUAUGUAGCAGAGACUCAUUUUGUGUGAUGGUGACAUGAUUGAACAUCUGUUCAGAGCAGUUAGCCACAGUCCCUUAGUGGCCCGUGUUUUCAUAGAGCUUUUUAAAUAAAAAUCUAAAACACUGCAUCACA